AUGGAAAGAGUAUGGUUUGCAAAAUUAACAAAUAAAGGAACUAUUAAAAUCGGGUAUAUCUCAUUUAUACUUCUAAGUUUGCUAUGUCAAUCUCUGAUUGGGCUGGUUAAUGCUGAUUUUAAUUAUGAAGGCUGUUACAGUGCCGCGGAUAUCCAGUCUGCUGGACUGUCUCUGAAAAACUCAUACAUAUAUCAAUCAGUGUCAUACUGUCAAAACCAGUGCCCUGAGUCAGCAGUAGUAGCAUUAUUUAACGGGUCAGAUUGUUACUGCGGUAAUUCGGUAAGUUUUCUGACUUCUUUGACGAAAUCAACAGAUUCAAACUGUGGAACUAAAUGCUCUGGCUGGCCUUACCAAAUGUGUGGAGGGUCAUCGUACAUGAACGUGUAUGUAAAUGCUGAAACUUUUGUUUCAUCGGUUGAAUCUUCCUCUUCCAAAGAAGGGUCUAGCACUUCCUAUAUGCCCUCAACAACUUCUUCAUUGUCCUCCGCCCAAAUUUCUUCAACUACUAGGAGAACGUCAACAGAUAUGAAAAGUUCUGAAAUGAUAGCCACGACAGUUUCUACCACUUCAACAACCUCUUCCUCGACUUCCUCUACUACCUCUUCUACCACCUCUUCUACCACCUCUUCUACCACCUCUUCUACUACCUCUUCCUCGACUUCCUCUACUACCUCUUCUACCACCUCUUCUACCACCUCUUCUACCACCUCUUCUACCACCUCUUCUACUACCUCUUCUACUACCUCCUCUACUACCUCCUCUACUACCUCUAUCUUUUCUGUUACGUCUAGCUCCUCAUCCAUUACAUUGUCCUCAUCUGAGCAUACCACAGUCGAUAGCCGUACUUCUUCACCCUCUUCCACCUUGGUGCCAGUGUCCUCGAGUAGCAGCACACUAUCAACUCCAAAAGUGACCUCAAUGACCCCUAGUACGUCAUCAACGAUACCAAUAGUUACCUCAGUGGAACUAGUGACUAGUGUGGUUACAAAAGCGAUCGUGAGUACUUCUGAUCAACAUCAGGAAACAAUAUUUGUUACGAGGACAUCCGUGGUUGAACGAUCUUCUGAGGUAGCUACUGCUACUGCUGCCGCCUCAAAUAAUAGAUCUAAUUCGACUUCGAAGCAGCGUCUGAGUGGUGGAGCCAUUGCCGGUAUUGUUAUUGGUGUUGUGUUUGGCGUAAUUUUUAUUAUUUUGAUUCUAUUGUUCCUGAUAUGGAGGAGACGGAAAUCGCACGACCAAUUAGACUUGGAGGAAACGAAACAUUAUCAGCCCUAUUCGUUCGGUGAUGAGGAUGCAAAUCCAAUAGGACCGCCUCCCUCCUCUGGUACGACAAAUUGGAUGAGACAUUCAAGGGGUAAUACAGCGGGUUCUAUCGGUACAAGUAAUAUGUAUGGUUUUUCUAUGAGUAAUGGUGCAAAUUAUAGUAGUCCUAGUUCAAACACCAGUGGAAGCAUCAUAAACAACUUGGCUGGCUUACAAGAUGCUACGGUUCAGAAACAGAACCUUCCAUCGACAGUUUUUGAAGAGGCAAAUACUUUGAAUAGUGCAAAUGAAAGGUUCAGUGCCAAUUCUUUACCCGACAUGAUGAUGAGCGGACCAUUGCAAGUGGUAAACCCUGAUAAUCCUGAUAAUCCUGAAUUAUCUAGUACCGUAUCUCAUAAUCGAGCCUGA